AUGAACUCUUUAAGAACUACUGACGUAGUUGUAUCUCUACUAAAGUUCAGUGGAGAUUAUAAAAAGUGCAAAGUUGGCCACGGAGGAACUUUGGAUAAAUUAGCGGAAGGAGUUCUUGUAAUUGGCAUUAAUCAAGGGUGUCGUUUUCUCAACGAUCUACUAAAAGGCCCAAAAAGUUAUGAAGUUGUAGGUAAGUUGGGCUUGGAAACUGAUACUCUUGAUUUAGGAGGGAAUAUUAUAAGAACUGCUGAUGAUGACCACGUGGAUGAAUCUUUAAUUAAUUCUGUUUUGCCUUUAUUUAUUGGUGAAACUGAGCAGGAAGCGCCCAUCUACUCGAGCUUAAAAAUAAACGGCAAAACUUCAGCAGACCGUGUGCGCUCCGGAGAGCACGUGGAAGCCAAAGUACGCAAAGUUAUCAUUUACGAUAUAGUCUUAACAAAGUAUGAGAGCCACGUGGACCAUAAAAGCUUUACAUUGGCAGUCACGUGCGGUGCAGGGACGUACGUGCGUAGUCUCGUUCGGGAUAUCGGCAGGAAAGUCAACUCUGCAGCCACAGCGACCACUAUUAUACGCACUUCGCAGGGACCAUUUUCUAUUGUGAAUUCAUCAAGUUCUUCUUCCCUUCCUGUUUAUAAAUAUGAAGAAAUAACGUUUGAAAAGAUUAUUGAAGCGCUCGAUAACUUUAAAUAUAAACAGCUUAUAAAGUGUUGA